UGCUGCCGCUUUAAGUGAGUGGGAAAAGUUACUCUGAGAACACGGGGGGGUUCCCUGUGUUGGUAGCUCAGGUUGGGUGUGCUUUAAAACUAGGGAGCAAAAGUCUGUCUGAGGGAUGCACGUUUGAAGAUUUAGCAAGAAACGAUGUCUCUGGAGAAGGAAGAAGAUGACAUUCCGGGGGGUCUGAAAAGCUUUCACGGCACUGCUGACAACAGUGCCAGGGAAGGCUCGUUACGUUUAUCAGAGACUGCUGGAGUAGCUGACCCAACUGUGGAAAGUUUGAAUGAAAUUUCACAAGAAGAGCCUCAAGCAGAUCAGGAAGGCUAUAAAAAGACUGAAAAUGUCCCAAGAAGCGAUUUACUUGGGAAAAGGAAUGAGUGUGAAUCCUCCACUGAGAUAAAUGUUCCCACAGUGCCUCAGGCUGUAUCUGAAACAGAUGUGAGAAAGCACACGUUGAAGUCAGCUGACAAAGACACUGGAGAGCGAAAGCAAGUGCUUGCAGGUGCUGUCAGAGGAGAUGCCAGAUCAGGCUUGUCACCAUCAGCAGUGAAUGCUGAAAGUGCUGGAAGUGGAUCAACAUUUUUGUUGCCUGCGGAAGAAAGGAAUUUCACACUUAGACUGAGUGAUAAAGGGCUCCAGGACGUGCCUCAGUCUGCUUCCGAAAGCCAAAAUGUAAAAACCUUGCUCUUACAGAACAACGAAAUAAAAACGCUACGCUUAAAUACAGUUAACCUGUCUAAUCUGGAGAUCCUGAUACUUGAAAGAAACAGACUGACACUGCUGCCACCAGAAAUAUCAUUGCUUCAUAAACUAAAAGUGUUGAAUGUCAGUCACAACCAGUUAUCGUGCCUCCCUGAAGAAUUGUCCAAGCUUGUAAAUAUUAAGGAGCUCUUUCUCAAUCACAACAGCAUUGAUGAAUUUCCUUUUGCAUUGAAAAGCCUUGAAACAUUAGAGCUUGCUGGGAACAAGCUAAAAACUUUGCCAGAUGCCAUGAUUGACAUGAAAAACUUGAAGGUACUCAACAUCGAUUCCAAUCAGAUCUCAAUAUUUCCAAGAGUUCUUUGCUACCUUCCUAAUCUAGUAAAUCUCAGCUUAUGUGAGAACUUCAUUCAGAGUUUACCGAAGGAUAUUAAAGAGCUCAAGAAAUUACAAGAAUUUUCAAUUAGUCACAAUAAGCUUAUAUUUCUGGCUGUGCAGCUUUUCCAGCUGACAAAACUGAAAGGACUCAGAGCUGAUGAUAACAAAUUGGAGUUUCUUUCAGAUAAAGUGGAGAACUUGAGAGAACUUACGUUUCUGAACCUUUCCAAAAAUUUAUUCAAAAGCAUUACAGAUAAUCUUUGCAACUGUACUAUGUUGAAACAUCUUGUUCUAUGUGAUAAUCAGUUAACCCAGCUCCCUGCCAAUAUUCACAGACUUAAACAUUUAAAGGAGCUUUCUUUAAAUAGGAAUCAACUACACUCGCUGGUUGAACAAAUAUCACAUUUAAAAGACCUCUCCAAAAUAGAGCUUUCUGGAAAUGUAUUAACAUACAUCCCUGUCGAAUUAAAAACUUGUAUAAGGAUAACCAAAGCUGAUCUCAGCAAUAAUAAGCUCUCUCAGUUUCCAAAUGUGGUAUGUGCACUAUCUGAUCUUAAAUACUUAAAUCUCAGUGGCAACUCUAUUUCAGAAUUAAUACCCGGAAUUUCUGAUAUUAAAGAUUUGGAGCAUCUAGAAUUAAAAAAGAAUAAACUGUCUUCAUUUUCUGCAUGCUUGUGCAGCCUCACAAAACUCGUUUACUUGGAUGUAAGUGAGAAUGAAAUCAAUAGUAUGCCAGCAGUGGUAUCUGAAAUGAAGGCUCUCCAGGUUCUUCUUCUGCACCACAAUAAGUUUGACUCAUUUCCUGAAGAAUUAUGUUCUUUAAAGGGUUUAAAAACACUCGACAUUUCGAAUAAUCAGAUAAAGGAUAUUCCUUUAAAGAUUAGCAACCUGGAAAUGAUUAAAGACUUAAAUGUAUCAAACAACCAGUUUGCAUCUUUUCCUUCUGAAAUAUGUCUUCUUUCAUCACUGGAGAAAUUGACUGUGUGUCAAGUGAAUGGGUUGAAGUUAACUAAAAUUCCAGAGGAGCUUUCCAAACUGGUUUCCCUCAGGGAGCUUGACAUAUCUCAUAACGCGUUAAAGGAAAUGCCAGACAGCAUAGGGGAACUGAAGUUUUUGGUCCAUCUAAUUGCAAAUAACAAUGAGAUCAGCCAGCUCCCCAAAUCUAUUACAUCACUAAGAAGUCUGCAGCACCUUGACCUUAGUGAAAAUCGGUUGAGAUAUUUGCCUGCUGGCCUUCGUCACCUUUAUUUGCUGAAAGACAUAAACUUUGAUGGAAAUUCUCUGUUUGAGCCACUACAAGAUAUCUGUAAAGAAAAGCAAUUACAUCCCAUUCUAUGCUAUCUGGAAAGUGCUGAUGAAAGAGAUGAGAAAAUAUUGCGCAAGAUAAUAGAAAUGAUUGCUGGCAAUGUUCCUUCUGAAGAUUUUGAAUUCUUCUGCCAGAAACUACAGCUCGGCCAGGCUGACAUCAAGGCUCUGCGAAAUACCAGGGCUCUUAAGCUGAAAGAGAAAAUCACCAAGGCGCUGGACAUCUGGAUCCGUGAAAACCAAGACCUAACUUAUGAUGAAAUGAUAGAGAAACUGAUCAGAAUGCUGGUAAUGACAGGCAUGCAUCAUCUAAUCAGCAAAGUGAAAGCUUUAAGGCUGUGUUCGCGAUCGGUGACGUUCUAAACAUGUGAUGUACAAACACUACUUAUGAAGGGAACAAAGGUUUGUCUUGUCAUUCUUUUUUUUUCCCCCCAUUAAUUCUUAUCACAUUGAUCACAAUAUCAUCAUAAGAGCUCGGUGUAUAUUUAGAAAACAUUCAUAAUCUUAGAUUCAUUUUUUAAAGAUCGCUUGUUUAAAAAAGAAUCAAAAGUGCACUUCCUUAUUUCUAAUGUGAAGUAAUUGUUAGAAAGUGGAUGUCAAACUGAUGAAAACUUCAGUAGACUUCAGUGAAUCUAUCACAUCAAGAUAUGUCAGUCACUGCUGGGGUUUCCUUGUUUAAAUUCCUGAAUGGUGUUUCUGGGCGGAAACAAGGUGUAUGUUUGUGGUUUUUACAUGUUAUUCAGCACCAAUUUUAGAGCGUUUUCUGAGGAUGUAUGAAAAUAGGGGGAGCAUUCUGGAAAAGUACAGUGGGCACUGAGCUUCAGUGCUGUGUUACUGUUCUGGCUUACCUGAAAGCAGUAUGUGCAGAGCAGGAAGAGAGGUGCUGUUUGUCUCCCAAUUAGUGUAACGUAUGGGAGGUUUGAGUUUGGAAAUAGGGAACUGUGAGUCCAGGAUAACAUGUCUGUAUUGUCCAGACAGGUGUGUUGUCACAAAUGUGAUAUUUGUGAGCGUGAUGUUCUCUGUAGAUUAAAGGUAGCAGCUGAAUGUGGAAACUGCACUUGUGUUUGCUUUGAAG